UGGAUAGAGAGGAAUGAGAGAAAAAUGGAGAGUUUACCACACAGAGCUGAUGAAGGUGAGCCUUAUGGCAGCGCCCAUCAUCCCUGCGUUAGUUCUUUACCACCUUCUGCAGAUCGUCACCGUCGUCGUCGUCGGCCAUCUCGGUGAUGAGCUCUUGCUCUCCGGCGUCUCCAUCGCCACUUCCUUCGUCCGCGUCACCGGCUUUAGCUUCCUCCUAGGAAUGGCUGGAGCUUUGGACACUCUCUGUGGGCAAGCAUAUGGAGCACAGCAAUAUCAGAAGCUUGGAGUUUAUACUCACAGUUGCAUGAUUUCUCUCACUUUGGUCUGUUUCCCAAUCUCUGUGCUGUGGUUCUUCACAGACAAGUUACUAAUUUCCAUUGGCCAAGAUCCUUCCAUUUCUUCUGUGGCCAAAAAAUUCUCAGUUUUUCUUAUUCCAAAUCUGUUUGGGUAUGCAAUUCUUCAGUCUCUUAUGCGCUAUCUUCUCACUCAGAGCCUCAUUCUUCCUCUGCUCUUCAGCUCCUUUGCCACUCUCUGUUUGCACAUUCCCAUUUCUUGGCUUCUUGUGUUCCAUUUCAAGCUUGGAAUUGCGGGAGCUGCUUUGGCUCUUGGUAUAUCCUAUUGGCUCAAUGUCAUUUUGCUUGCCUCUUAUGUAUUCUUCUCUCCAUCUUGUGCCAAGACUCGGGCCCCGCUCUCGAGGGAGGCCAUCUCGAGCAUCCGCAAGUUCUUUCGCCUCGCUGUCCCCUCCGCGGUGAUGCUUUGCGUUGAGUGGUGGUCUUAUGAGGUCAUUUCGUUGCUUUCGGGGCUUCUUCCAAAUCCUAAGGUGGAGGCUUCUGUGCUUUCGAUAUGUUUCUCAAUCACUUAUUUGCACUUUUUCAUACCAUAUGGGUUGGGGACCACAGCAAGCACAAGGGUGUCAAAUGAACUAGGAGCUGGAAAUCCAGAGGCAGCAAAAGUGGCAGUGAAGGUAGUGGGAGCUCUUGGCAUCAUAGAAUCAAUAACUGUGAGUGUGAUUCUCUUUGGGUUUCGCAAUAUCUUAGGCUAUGCCUUCACCAAUGACACCCAAAUUGCCAAUCACAUUACUUCGAUGUGGCCUUUGAUUUGCCUUUCCAUCCUCAUCGAUUCCUCCCUUGGUAUAUUUUCAGGGAUUGCAAGAGGCACGGGAUUGCAGCGAUUGGGAGCAUAUGUAAAUUUAGGAUCCUAUUAUAUAGUUGGGGUUCCUAUAGCAAUUGUUUUGGGUUUCGUAGUGCAUUGGAGAGUCAAAGGUCUAUGGAUUGGCUUGGUUUUUGGAGCAACUCUUCAAAGCUUUCUUUUUGCUCUCAUCACCACUCUCACCAAUUGGAAUAAACAGGCAUUAAAAGCAAGAGAAAGGGUACUCCAAGGAAAUAUCUGAAAUCUCUACCCAAUAUAUGAUAUCAGAUUUUUCUGAACUCGCGGCUAUUUGAUCAGAGAUAAAUCGCUUAACCAAUGAAACUAUAAAAUCAGCUGGGUCUAAACAUGGUUUGAAACUUUGGUUAUUGUCGAAGGGAGUGCUUUUUACUUGCAUUUUUGUUUAUUGUUGAAAUAAAAAUAAAUUUUAGUUAUUUUCAUAAUAAAAGUAAU